AUGGCAGCGGUAGUUUUCCACGCGUAUCAGGCACAGGCGGCCGUGAGCCUUCUCAUCCUCCUCACCAUUCUUCCGUCGUCGCAUGCGCAAAGCUCUUACCUCGUCGUCCGAGCGAAGCAGCUCAGAGCCGCAUCUGACUCAUACGCCGCGGAUCUCAAGGCCGCGCAAGCCGUCGCUGCGCAGAAAGCGCAGGAUGAAGCCGAUGCUGCCGCCGCGAUCGCCGCUAUCGAGAAUGACAAUACCGCGGAUAAUCUCCGCUCCGCUCUGGACAGCAUGAAAGACGCGAUGGACGGUGCGAAGUACGAUCUCGACGAUGCGAACAGAAUCUUGUCUUAUCGCAAGCAGGCCUACAUCCAAGCGCAGAUCGAUCCCACCAGCCACCCCGAGCUGCCCGCUGCCACGAAAGCCGUCAACGACGCGGCGCGCCGGGUGAAAAUGACUGCAGCGCUUCUCGACGAAUGGCGCAACGUCAUCGCGGACGCGGCAGCGGCGAUCAAGGAUGCGCUGUCAGCAUACGAAAAAGACCCGUCGCCAGUAAAUAAGGUGGCUGUUGCGGAAGCGGAAUCCGUUAAGUCGUCCGUGGAGGAGGUUCUCCCGGAUAUCGAGAGCCAGGCGGAUCGCGCGAAGGCGAAACUUGUCAAGGCUCAGAAUAACUACCAGAGGCUCGUCAAGGCGCUGGCGGUGGCGAAGGCGAACCUCGCGGCGGUGAAGAUAAACCGCGCGGUGGCGGAUAAGCGCGUGGUGCAGCUGGCGGACCGCGCCAAGGCAGGCCUUGCGCGCGCCGUGGAUGCGGAAAAGGCGGUGCAGGAUGCGACGAUCAUGGCCAAGCCGUGA